AUGUCCAACGGAUUAUUUACAGUGUGGGCUCAGUGUCCUCUUGCGGCUGCUAUUAAGGCAACCCAAAAGAACAAAAUUAAGAUUGGCUGGACGAUAGCCCGAAUAGAGCUCCUCAAAGCCAGACCGACCCAGUGUUAUAAAUGCUGGGGACACGGCCAUCUAAGGAACAAAUGUACAUCUGUCGCUGACAGGAGCAAGACCUGCUUCAGAUGCGGAGGAGAGAACCACCCUGCACUGAACUGUCAAAACCCGAUCAGAUGUAUUCUAUGUGUGGAGCAAGGGAAAGAUCCCAACCACAGAGUUGGAUCUAACCAAUGCAAGGCAGAUUUCAAAACGAACCCGAAGCCUGUCCCCGGCUCGUCUAACAAACUGGAACGGAGGCCGGUAGAAAUAGAAACCGACAAUGAUAUGUAA